CGCCCCGCCGGCACCAGUGCGAGAGCUGGCGAGCGAGCGAGCGUGUGAGGCCAUGGAAGGCGAAGGGGAUCGGUGCGCGCGCCCGGCCGGCGGGGCUCUCCUGGGGCGUCUGACCACCUUCCGGGGCCUCCCGGGGCCUCCUCUGCCGCCGCCGCUGCUGCUGCUCCUGCUGCUACUCUGCGGCCCGGUCCUGGGAGAGCUGCGCGCCCCACCGGAAAAGAUUGCUGUUAUUGGAGGUGGAAUUGGUGGUACCUCAGCAUCCUACUACCUACGGCAGAAAUUUGGGAAAGAAGUGAAGAUUCAUGUGUUUGAGAGAAGAAAGGUUGGAGGACGCCUGGCUACUCUCAACGUGGAAGGGCAAGAUUACGAGGCUGGGGGUUCUGUCAUACAUCCCCUAAAUCUGCAUAUGAAGCGCUUUGUCAAGGAACUGGAUCUUGCCUCUCUUCAGGUUUCUGAUGGCCUCAUGGGCAUUUAUAAUGGGGAGAAUCUUGUGUUUGAAGAGAGCAGUUGGUUCAUCAUUAACAUGAUUAAGCUCGUCUGGCACUAUGGAUUUCAGUUCCUCCGGAUGCAUAUGUGGGUAGAAGAUAUCUUAGACAAGUUUAUGAGGAUUUACCGCUAUCAGUCCCACGACUACUCUUUUAGUAGUGUGGAAGGCUUGCUGCAUGCCCUAGGAGGGGAUGAAUUCACUGGAAUGCUCAACCGGACCAUUCUCCAGUCUCUACAGAAAGCAGGCUUCUCAGAGAAAUUCCUCAAUGAGAUUGUUACUCCCGCCAUGAGGGUCAAUUUUGGCCAGAGCACGAGCAUCAAUGGCUUUGUAGGUGCGGUAUCCUUGUCAGCCACGGAUUCUGGGUUGUGGUCUGUAGAAGGUGGAAAUAAACGUGUUUGUGAAGAGCUCCUUCGGUUUUCCAAAGCUCAUUUGAUCUCUGGCUCAGUUAUUCACAUAGAGGAGAAAGCAAAGACAGGAGGAACCAAGAAAGCAUAUGAAAUCACCUAUAAAACAAAUUCAGGGAUAAACACGGACCUUUAUGACAUUGUCAUGGUGGCUGCUCCACUGAACCGCAAAAUGUCCAAUAUCAGUUUUCUAAACUUUGAUCCACCCAUCCCGGAAUUUCACCAAUACUACCAUCACUUGGUGACUACUUUUGUUCAUGGGAGAGUGAAUGCAUCUUUCUUUGGCUUAACGACAACUGAUACCUUUCAUCUCACUGACAUCUUAACCACCGACAACCCACAUUUGUUUAUUAACAGCAUCUCAGUGGUGUCCCCUGUAAAAAGAGAGGCUGAUUUUCAGUCUAAGCCAGCAAGCGAUUUAGCUGUUUGGAAAAUCUUUUCCUCAGAGUCUCUUACCAAGGAGCAACUUAAUUUGCUAUUUGCAUCUUAUGAUUCUGUACAGGAACAGGAAUGGAAUGCAUACCCUCACUAUAAGCCUCCAGAGAAGUGCCCCCCCAUCAUACUCCAUGAUCGAAUAUACUAUCUCAAUGGCAUAGAGUGGGCAGCAAGUGCUAUGGAAAUGAGUGCCAUUGCAGCCCAUAAUGCAGCACUCCUUGCCUACCAUCGUUGGUAUGGGAAUACAGAGAUGAUUGACCAAGAAGGACUGUAUGAGAAACUCAAAACAGAGCUUUGAAUCGUUACCAACACCUUUUUUCCCUCCUCCCUCCCAUACUUCCAGAUGAAAUUCCAAGAUGACAAGAAGGGUUGAGAGUCCCUUUGAACCAGAGAUGUUGGCAUUGGAUUAAUUUGUCAUUAUUCUUACUUGAACAAAACUAAUCAAUGAUGGGUCUGAAGGAGGCAGAGGGUUCACUCAAGGAUGAACAUAUAACCAUUGCCCAUAAUUCUGUCUUUAAAGCUACUAUAUAAAUCUUUGAGGACCUUUUUCAGUCUAGGAUAAAACUAGGUGCAAAAGUAAGGAAUUUGAUAUACCAAUUGUGUUAGUUAACAAUUAAUUUAAAAUCUUCCUCAAAUUUGGAAAAGUUGUAGUAAAGAAGAGAGCCCAGGAAUUGGAGGCAAGAGUUCCUAGUUUGUGUGAGCUUGGGCACAAGGUCCUUUUUGAGUCUCAUCUGAGAAAUGAGAUAAUCUCUAAGGUCCUCUCCUUUCUAGUUCUGAGAUUUAUAAUUUACUACCUGAAAGCUAUCAGUAAUGAUAAACUCAUUUUCUUUUCUAAUACAAUGCGCCCUAUCCCUCUUCAUUGUAAAUGUGCCAUUGCCAAACACCCUCUUUGAAGGCCAAAUUCUUGAUUCUAUCACGCUAUUGUGCUUUUUUUUUUCUUUUUUAAAGGAUAAGGCUCAGGUACUUUUAAAAAUAUUAUAUCCUCUAAGAUAUCAAGGCAGAAGUCACUAGAAUUCAAUCUUGAAGGAGAACCAAAAGUGAGUAAGGAUUAUUGUCAUUUGGGGAAUCAAGAAAUCUUUCUAUUCUCAAAUCCAUCUCUGAAGUUUGACUUAACCACUAUUUCCCUGUAGUGUUAUUCAGUAGAGCAUUUCACAGGUCCACUUUGAGAUUCAUGAAAUUGAAAAUUCUUUUAAAGGUACUCUAGAAAUGUACGCUUUUAAAACUGUUUGUAUUGUCUUUGUAUUUUUUUAAAAGUAGGUAGCUAAGUGGGAAUUUUUAAAAGUUCCGCCCCAGUGGAUACUACUGAAAAAUCUCAUUUCUACAGCAGCCUUCCAUCUGAAGAAUUUGGGUUAAAAGCUGGAGCAAGCCCAAACAUGUCUGAAUUAGACCAGGUUGCAGCAUGGUGUAGCAGACAAUGCUGGAGUAACACCUGGGUUUGAAUUCUGCCUCAGAUACUAGCUGUGUCAACCCUUGGGAAGCUUUGUAACCUUUCUGGACCUCAGUUUAUUUAUAAAGAUGGCAGAGUUGGACUUCACACUUCAAGAUCCCUUUCAGCUCUUAAUUCCUAACAAAGGUGUGUUCUUAUAUGGUUCUGGGAUAACCCAGGAGGGUUGCUACAGCCUCCAAAGCUCUGACCAUAGAGGGCAAGGAGAUCAAAAUUAGCCAAUGGGUGAUAAACCCAUGGUAGGCUAGUAUGCACCUGGGAAAAUAGAUUUGCUAAUAGCUUGCUUAAGUGUUCAUAUAAAAUCCUGUUAUAAUCAACUCCAAAAAUAGUAAAGAGAAAUAAGUGAAAACAUGUGCAUUGAGACAUGAAAAAGAUAUUCCUAAGGUUCUCCAGCUUCCUCUAACUUUAGGGGUUUGGGAAGGCAUUGGAAUACUUGAUGUAAUGAAGCUUGAAAGAGCUGCCACUCAGCUUUUGCAGGAGAAGAAUCAUAAAACUCUGCUAGACUCUGCUAGAGCCAAUUCCCAGUUUACCUACCUUCAGAGUAGAAGAGCAAGUACUUAAUUAGAAUUAGUUAUAUGAAUGGUAACUGGCAAAAACUUAGGUUGUAUACAAAAAGCAAAUUUGAAUUACUGCUUUAUUACGUUAGGGAAUUGUUAUCAACAAAGCACUAAGAAGAGCCCUCCAAAGGGUUAUGAUAAUCAACCCUACCACAGAAGUUAGUUAAUUUUGCCUUUCACAACUAUGUAAUACUGGGCAGCAAUUAGUGGAUAUCAUUAUUUAAAUAUAACAUUUGCAAAGUCCUGGGGAUAGACGGUUGACAUUCUUUAAUAGCAAAAAUUGAGCUUACACAUAAUGUGGUUGUUAAAGGGUGCUAUGUCUAUUUAUAGGCUAAUUAUUAAAAUCAAGAAUUGGGUUAAAAAAGCUAUUGUUUCCCCUUUUAUAGAUUCUUACAGAUGAUGGAUAUAGAGCAUGACAUCCUGUAUGUAUAUGCUAAAGUUUGAUGAGUACUGUAAUAUAACAAGGUUUGAGUAAGAUCAUGCCUAUCAUUAACACUGCUUUUAGCUGCUUUUUCUUUGAGAUAGCACAUCAAUUGUAAACUUAUACAUUAAGGACAAAUAGGAUUUGCUCUUGCUGUUAAUAGUUAUACCAGGGAAGCCAGUUAUCAACAGCUAACUCUUGCUUAUGAUGCAGUGGAGCCUUAGUAUGUGUUUUUAGAGGGUUGUUUUGUGAGAACUGGUGUUCAAAGGGCUGAUAGCAAAACAGAAUGAUUCUGGGUUAAAAGAUCUGUGUGCUGAUUUUCUUCAUGACAUUUCUUAUUCUGGAUAAUGGUGGGACUGGAUCAUUUGUGGAAGUGCUAUGUCACCAUAGAACAAAUUUUAUCCCAUUUGUCACGCUUACUACAUUGUUAAAAAGCCAGGCCUAGGCCAUGUCGCUUUUUUCAUAAUUCUAACUCAGGGGCCUAAAUAUUGCAACCCAGAUAAGAAUCCUAGCCUGAGCUUUUAGAGGAAGAGACACUAUUUAUACCUUGCUCUCCACCCCAAUAACCCACCAAAAAAACAACCAUAUAAAUGAUUUCCUGUGGAGUUUUCACCUAAUUAAGGCCUGGCUAAGGAUUUAUCUCCCACCCCCAUAUUUUUUUCUUGCUCACAGUGAACUGAAAAUAAACAAAUAUGCCACUC